GCAUUAGUAGCGCUAGAAGUUGGAAGCAGCUCGUUGACACGCAUCGCUUUCCCCCGAAUGAAUCAAAACACAGUUGCCCCCCGUCCAAAACCUCAUAACUUCCUUCCAAGUCGCCCACGCACGAGCCGCGGAGAAGGGGGGCGAGGACGGGACUGACGGACUCGUGAAGCCGUCACGCGGCGGCGGUCCGUGCUCCGUGGUAGUACUUGUAGCAGGCCGCUAGCCUCGUGCUCGGCCGGUCGUCGGCCAAGGAGGAGGAGGAGGAGGCAUUCUGUUUUGCUUCUGUUGGUGGUUUCCUCUGACCUCGGCCUCGCUUGCUUCGCGUGGGGUGGGAGGGGGGCGAUGGUGGGGUCGCCGACGAAGCGGUCGGCGGCGAGGCGGGUGAUGGCGGCGAGGAGGCCGCUGGAGAAGGUUGGGAUGGCGGGGCUGGCGGCGGCGGCCGCGGCGGCGGCCGCGCUGCUGCUGCUGUUCGUCUGCGCCACGGCCUCGCUCCGAUGCUCGGCCGCCGUCGGCUACGCGCUCGCGGCGCCGCAGAAGCUCUGGUGGAGCGGCGGGGUCUCCAUCGCCGCCGAGGCGUCCUCGUCGUCGGCGGCGGAGAGGCCCCGCGUCGACGUCCGUGCGGCGGCGGCGGCGGGGGAGACGGAGCAAGUCGUCGGUCCGGUGGCGGCGGCGGAGAGGGCACAAGCCGUUGUUCCGGUGGCGGCGGUGGGGGCGGAAGAGUGCGACCUGUUCGACGGGGAGUGGGCGUGGGACGACGGCCGCCCGCUCUACGAGUCCAGGGACUGCCCCUUCCUAGACACCGGCUUCCGCUGCUCGGAGAACGGCCGCCCCGACUCGUCCUACGCCAAAUGGCGCUGGCGCCCGUCGCGCUGCGAUCUCCCCAGAUUUGAUGCGAAAAGUAUGCUUGAGAAACUAAGGAACAGAAGAGUUGUGUUUGUUGGUGAUUCAAUUGGAAGGAACCAGUGGGAGUCUCUACUUUGUAUGCUGUCUAGUGCUGUUCCUGACAAGAGCUCCAUCUAUGAAAUUCAUGGGAGUCCCAUCACAAAACACAUGGGUUUCUUGAUUUUCAAGUUCAGCGACUACAACUGUACUGUGGAGUAUUACAGAUCUCCUUUUAUAGUGCUUCAAGGUCGUGUACCAGCUGGAGCCCCUAAGGUUGUUAAGUACACAGUUAGGGUUGAUGUCAUGGAUUGGAUGUCUGGCCGGGGUAAGUGGAGGGAUGCUGAUGUGUUGAUCUUUAACACUGGGCAUUGGUGGAACUACGAGAAAACAAUCAGAGGGGGUACCUAUUUCCAAGAAGGAGAUGAGGUGAAGAUGGAGAUGACUGUUCACGAUGCUUACCAAAGAUCAAUACAAACACUAUUCGAUUGGCUUCACAAAGAAGUUAACACAAGCAAGACCCAGGUCAUCUUCCGUACAUAUGCUCCUGUGCACUUCAGGGGUGGUGACUGGAGGACUGGAGGUAGUUGCCACUUGGAAACUCUUCCAGAUACGACACCGUUUAAAUCGCUGGAGCAAUGGGCUGACCUGCUUCAACCUGUGCAUAAUGUUCUAGGGAGCAGCAUCAAUCCCAAGCUGCCUGGGUUAGAUAUAUUGAAUGUGACACAGAUGACAGCACGGCGAAAAGACGGCCACCUCUCGGUGUACCUAAGCCCUUCAGGGCCUGUUCCUCUCCACAGACAGGAUUGCAGCCACUGGUGCUUGCCUGGAGUCCCUGAUACCUGGAACGAGCUUCUCUACGCCGUCUUCAUGAAAAGACAGGCGAUGAUGGAUCAGAAUGUUUCCCUUGCUGGUCCAAGAACACUGAGUACCGGCUGAUCAAAUAUGGGGGGUGUGCUGCCUGAUGCUCGCCCGGUGAAGACUGGAAUCAAUUCCUGAAGCCAGGUUAUUGUUCCGCUUUUCGAUCAGGUAGCCUAAUGGUGAACCACAUUUUUGUAACAUAGGAGUUGGCUUGCAGGAAGCUGCGCUGCUCUGCUGUGUUUGCAUAACGAGAGGUUAGUGAUCAAUAGGUGAGAAGAAUUAAAAGAAAGCAAAAUAGCUUAGAUUGUGCGCGAUUCGCACAGAGGCGGCAAAGGUGAACAAUGCUUAGGGGCUGCAGGUAGUGAUGUAUGUAGUAUAUACAACGAGGGCACCAAAAUGGUUGGCUGCUGCUGUUAGAUUGGGGGAGUCACCGUCGUGCUUCUGUGUAAUCCUGAACUUUAACAAAAUCCCAGUCGACAGUUGAGCAGUCAGAUCUCUGUCGUAUGGUUUCCUUUCAGACCAUUGCUGUCAUUAGUUGUUA